CCCCUUCCGCUGCCGGGCGGCGCCGCGCGCUCCGUGGUAAGAUGCGCGAGCGGCCCCUGCGGCCCGCGCCGGGUGCCGCUGGCCCGGGCACCAUGAGAGAGGCGGAGAUCAGGAGGCUCCUGGCUGCCAACCUGCUCUGCGCCCUGUCCAUCAUCCUCACCGCCCUUGUCCCGRCUUUCUUCCUGGACGGAUUCAGCGUUCUGGGGACGCACCUCACCUGGCUGUGUGUUUGUUCUGUUUGUGUUGCUACCCUUAAUAUAAUCUUGCACUUAGUCCUUAAACCGAGUCAGUCUWCUAAGAGAAGUUCCUUUGCUCACAAGAUAUCCAGAUUUCUAAAAUGCUGUAUAUACUUUUUCAUGUCUUGCAUACUAUUUCAUGCGAUUAUUGUUCUUUAUGGAGCACCUCUCAUAGAGUCAGUGACUGAGACAUUUUUGUUUGCAGUUCUUCUCUCUACRUUUACUACUUUACAGUGCUUGUGUUUGCUGGGACCAAACGUACAAGCGUGGAUACGGGUAUUUAGUAAAAAUGGAGCUAUGUCCAUCUGGGAAAGCAGUCUACAGAUUACUACUGUGUGCAGUAUACUUGGAGCUUGGUUUGGAGCAUUUCCUAUCCCUCUUGAUUGGGAUCGGCCUUGGCAGUGGAAAUGGUUCUGCCUUAAAGCAGAAAAUGUGGUUUAAAUCUUACUACUUGGGCGAGACAAAAGUGGUAUUCAAGCAAAAAGUUAAGCACUGUGUCCUGAAUGAGCAUAUUUUCCACUUAAUCAGGAUUUUAGCUUUUGAUCAAAUCUGGUCUACACUUCAAACUUGGACAGUUUGAGAAUGUCUACAGUCAACUUUUAAAUUGACAAAUCAUUCAGACAGGGGAGAACGUAAAGCUGCUUUUGUGAAGUCUGGUUUAAUUCAUAGAAACGGCUUCAAAUAAAAAUGGUCUGUAGUCACUCAGCUGAAGCAAACAAGACUGAGGGGAGUACUGAGAAUGUUGGAAUCCGAGUAGACGAUUAAAUAAAGCUGUCUGCACUAUUCUGUAAGAUACUUGUCUGAAUUGUCACRCUUAUACCUAUGGCAGUUCUGCUGUCAGUUUGCUGCUUUGUGUCCUUCAAAAAAAAAAACAUUGGUUUCAUCGUUUUGCCAAUCUGUGUUCCUGCCCUUGGCUGUCUGCAUUGGGACUAGCAUAUUUUCCUGCAAUGUUAAUAGAAGAACUGAAAAAUUACCUGGUAGUCAUUCCUUUACCUGGAUCUUACCUAGUCAGAAAAUCAGAUGUCAGUGUCCUCUGUACCUUUCACUAAAAUACGUUUUUACUUCGAAGUGCUUCAGGGUUCUGUGGAGUAAAUCUGAUGAUGAAUUUCAUUACAAGAGUUCCAAUUCAUAUGCUGAUAGUUAAAGCCCAAAUGCUACUUCAUCCUGAGUUAUUUACAAACCAAAGGAAACAUACUGCUUCUUUAUACAUACCUCUUGUGACAUGCAACGAAGUAAGAUAAAUACAGAUGUCUCACAAAAUCUUCACUUUAUUUGCCAUGUUUACGUUCGAAAAAUAUUGUAUACAGGGGGUAUUCAGAUUAGUGUGCCUCUCURUCCUUAAAAAUAAUAAUGUUAAUUGCAUUUUUUAAGCAUACAACUUUUAUGCUAAGUAAAUAUUACUUAACAGGAACAGAAUAUUGUUUCAGAAAUAAACUUAACAUUAUCUGAAUAAUGUUUGAGAAUGGAAAUGAAAAAUAUAUAAAGUAUUUCUGUUAGAAGUACAAAAUAUAUUGCUGAAAGUCACUUUGUGUCCUGAUGAUUUAUUGUUUUUCAUUAUUCUGUUGUUGUUUAUAAAGAAACUUUUAAACAUGCCAUGUUACUCCUCUACUAGCUUUAACAAAAAUUUUUUAACUAUGCARAACAGUUGGUAAGGGACACCUAGUCUGUUUUUCUUGGUUGUAGGUCUGCAGAAUUCAACCUCAGAUAAGGGUAAAGAUAAUUGUCUUACAGGAAUGCAGGUUAGGUGCUACAAUAGUUACAUUUCUGUAUUAAAAACAAAAAAACCCAAACCAACAAACUUUCCAAGACUUGUUCUGCCAGGCAUGUUUCAGUUAGACUGGUAGAUUAAUUUUACCAGUGUUUUGAGAUUGCUAUCUAAUUUUUCAGCACUUUUAAAAAUUGUUUGCAACACUUAAUUGUGAUCAUUUAAACAAGGCUAUGCUAGACAAUUUAAAGAGUUGUACAUCCAUCUCCAGUUGCCCAUAGCCCUCUGAAGGAAGCAUGAUGGUUAUAUACAGGUUACAGUUAACUAGGACAGUUCUACAAAUAAAUAGUAAAUAACUUCCUUUGUUACAGUUGCUUAUUUUUUCCAGAUUGCCUUUUUCAAGUUGAUGGUGUACUUUUAAUAACCACAUGUAAUUAGGAUCCUGGCUUCACAKGUCACUGAGAAGUGACACCAUCAGUGAAACAGAAGGGCAUGAUUUAGGAGUUACUAGAUGCAUCCUUUCUCYACUCAGCCUGAGGUAAUUUAGUUGCAGAACAAGACGGUAUAGUUAAAGACCACAACUUUAUCAACACACUUUGUAUGUGGUGGAACUGUUAUUCCAGAAAUGGCAUUUGCCACUGACAACAACUGGAUUUUGCACAYCGUGGAGUUCCUGGGUUUACUGCAUGUUUUGAUAACACACUUUUAAAACAUGUCUCUGGGUUUGUUGUAUAUGCCUGCCCACCCAUACAAUUUUGGUGUAUUUUGUAGCGUAAUUUUGAUCUGCAGUACCUGUUACUAGUGGUAAAAAGUGACUUUGAAACAAUAUUCUGCUUACAGUGUUAUCAUUAGGUAGAAGUAAAAUUGCUGUAUUCCUACUUCAUAGUGAAUACUGCAAACAUAAUAGGUAGUGCUGAUAUAACUCACCUGAGUUGACUGGCUGCUAUGUAGUUUAGCCAAUAUGACUGCAAAUAUUAGCCUUAGAUAYGUCUCAGACAUUUGUAGCCUGAAAAAUAAUCUGGAGAAUCUUGGGUACAGUUCUUGGUGCUUACUCAAGUAAGUUGAAAUAGGACUAUAAACUUUCACACUACUUUGUUUCUUCUUAACACAGUUCAGAGAGUUUCCUUCUUGUAUUUCUUUUUGGAUCUAGUACCUACUAUGAAAAUUUUAUUAUAAAAGAAUUGCUUAAUGUGAGAAAGAGGGAUAAUACACAGUUGGAGUUGUUUUAAACAGAGGUAGGAGCUUGUUCCACUUUAGUGUGGUUAUCAUUGUUUAUUUAAUAAUGUGUUUUCUCAGUGUAAACCUUAUUUAUGAGAUCAAAGGCAGUUAUGCUUGCUGUAACUUUAGAACACAAAUCCAUGAAACCAACUUCUAGUUACAAAUGCCAGAAAAAAACCUCACACUUUCUUCUAAGUGUGUGCUUGUCAACACACACAUUCUGUACAGUGUGAUAAGACACUUGUAGUUAACAUGUGCAUGCAACCAAAAUAGAUUAAAGGCAUGUACUGAAGUUUUAAAGACAGUACAAACUAAACAAUCAGGAAUUUAAGGCUUGUUAGAAACAGGGAGGGAAAAUAAUUGUGCUCGUUUAUUCAGUUUUAAAAUGAAACAAAAAUUAUUACAUAGCCUUCUAAUUGACAGUCAGAAAUGGGUCUUUUGAAACACUAAGCAUACAAAAUACUGUGUUUAGGAAUAUGAGAAAAGCACUCUUAAAUUUACUAAAAAKAAAAAUAAGUACAGUAGAUUGCCCCACUGUAUUUGCAUUUGUAUAAUGAGAGUUCCAGCAGGCAGCUGCUUGCUUCAUAAUAUCUUAAAAACCUUCAUGUUGCUUCUCUGGUCUAUGGGAAUCUGACCUUUAUGUUCUUGUCAAUGUCUAUAUAAUCCCCGUUGCAUAGGAUGCAAGUUACAACCUUGUAGUARGUGACAAAACUGUCAUGCAGUCAGAAUUCUGGUUUAACUAGCUACAUGCACAGUCCAGCAGAGCUAGAUACCUUGCUGGGAUCCUGCAGCAUGCUCUGCUUUCCAUGCAAUAUGCUAAGCAUUCUCGCAUCAUAGAAUCWUAGGUGUUCUAAAGAGCGCUGAGGAAACUAGCACAUUUGUCUCCUGAAAGGUUAGCAAUUCCUGUUUUGAGUCAUUAUUCUUAAAAUGAGUUCUAAUAUAUACUAAAAACCU